GUGAGGAAUUUGAGGUGGGCAGCAUCACUUCCAUCUUCAGCAACCGUGCUGUGGUGAAAUACAGCCGGCUGGAGGAUGUGCUGCAUGGCUGCUCUUGGAAGAUCAACAACAAGCUGGACGGGAUAUACCUGCCCCUCCCCGUGGACCAGAUCAUGCAGCGCACAAAAAACAUGAUCAACAAGAUAGUGCAGUAUAGCCUGAUCGAGGGCAACUGUGAGCACUUUGUCAAUGACCUUAGAUACGGCGUGCACAGGAGUCAGCAGGUGGAGCAUGCCCUGGCGGAGGGAGCGAAGGCUGCAGGUGCUGUCCUCUCAGCAGUAGUGGAUAGCAUAAGACCCAAACCUAUAUCUGCUUGA